CACCAUGAGGAAUUCCUGCGAACGUUCAGGUAUGCAACUCUGAACAGAAAAGUGUUGAACAUUCUGCAUUCAUCAUUCACGUAGCGAUGUAACUUCUCAAGUUCUCAAUCUUCUAAAUUUCCAUUGUUUGCUGAAAUGCGGUAAUGCGGAUGCUGAUGUAUUGAUAUUGAAUGGUGAUCGUGGUUGUAUUUUGUUGGCGUACGUUUGGAAAUUAAUUGCUGUUUUGAUGGUUGGUUGAUCAAUCGUUAGAUAUUCUUGUUAUUCCAUCAUUUCCAUCUCUCAGACGUUCGUUUCGUAGACAUCAUGAGCGAUUACGAAGAAAACGUCGUUAUUAAAAAACGAAAAUCACGAGACGAAGAAGAAGCCGAAGGCUACAAUGAGUACUGUCGACACAAAUGUGACUGUUGCUUUAACUAUGAUAGCUACCGAUGCAAGAGGUGCAAAGUUGAAGAAUCCUAUGAGUCUGUCAUAUUGAGUCCGACGAUUCUGACCAACGCACCGAAGUUGCAAGAAAUCGCCAGUGUUACGGUUGCUGCUUCUUUAUGGAAUCAUGUCAACAUACCCGAAACUGUUUUCCGUGUUACUGAUGUAUAUACUAAGAAUAGCGCGGAAUGGGAGGCUUUAAGUGAAAAAGUAUAUGCAUUAGUCGACGAAUUAAAACUUCCGAAAUCGAUCGCCGAAUACAUUGUUGCAUGUGCUUGUGAAAUGGCGGACGCUAUAACUGCUUGGGUAUCAUAUCAUCAUCGAACUGUGUUUUUGGAAAACGGACCCGAUAAGUUGCUCUAUAGUCUUGUAUAUCAUAUCGUUUGGAAUCCUAACGGUACUAUCAAUUGCGUCCGAACAGCGAGAAGUAUGAUGACGUCGUUAAGAUUGAGCGAAGUUGAGAAGCUCAAGUUUUUAUGCGUGUAUUGCUUGAAAGACGAAAUGAGCGAGAUGUCGCCGCUGUUGUAUCAAAGCAAUGUUCUCGAUUAUGUGAGCUGCGAGGAAAAUCCUUUGAUUUACUACUGGUAUCGUUAUUUCAGAAAUGAAUUAAACAAGGUGCCUACGAUUAAAGUCGACGACGAUUCGGAACCAUCCAUCGACGUGUAUAUGUUUCGAAAUGAUAAAGUUGAUAAUUGGUCAGCUAAACAGUAUUUUUUCCAACGGCUGAAUCGCGAUGAACAAGUUCGAGAGGCUAUUUGGUUAAUUGAUAAACAUGGCAUCGUUUAUCAGAAAGCAGUAAUGUUGAAGUUGGAUGAAAUACAACGUUUAUCCGUUUACAUGGAUCGAGCUGUGCAGAUAAUCGCUAAUUAUUCUCGUCUUCGUAUCUGUUCGAGAUUUAUUCUGAUGACUUGGUUCGAAGCUCGCCAUUUAUUAAGCCAAGAUCAGUUUCUGACAAUAUUUCGCGACUUGUUGAAAAUAGGAAUGAACGAUACCGUUAUGAAAGAGAUUUGGACGAGUGCUGACGAUAAUUUGAAACACCACGUGGUAUCUUUCAACGAUCACGAAAUGGUGCAAAAAGUAUUAUUUGAAUGGAAAGGAUUCAAAGACCCAGAUUUUAUUUACGUUUUAUUACACGAUUGUAAUGCGGCUGUGAGAAAAUCCAUCGCUGCGAAAACGUUUUUCAAAACCUACGCUGAAAAAUUAUUAAUGGAGAGUAGAAUUAAAGGGUUUGAUCGACUAUUGGAAUUUUGUCUACCCGAAGCUGAGGAAUCGAAUCAGUUCAGGAUUAGCUUGAUGGAGAAUAAUUCUCAUAUCAGAGAUAUCUCUUUGAAGUUCUAUUCCACCGGUGACGUGAAUGGUCUGAAUAAAUUUCUCAAGCAGCUUUUGCCAUCUAGUCCUGAUUUUAUAAUCGAGUAUAAGAAGAAUCUGCUAGCUUCGAAGCGUGGCAUAAACGAGUGUAUCAGUGUAAUGGAUAAUGAGGUUGACAUCUUGGAGGCAAUUUUCAAAGACACUUUGACGAAUGCGAAAUCGAUUCAGGAUUUUAGAAGAAAAAUGAUUCUCUCACCAUCGGGUGUUGCCAAAUUGAAAAGUUCGAUUAUUAACAAACGCUUCAGCGCUGUACAAAUCUGUAUCGAUCGUUUUCUCACUUCGGAUGAGGUUAAAACAUGGCUGAAGAAGAAAAUCACCGGUGAAGGUAAUACUAUGGAACUGGACCUGAUAAUGGCGAUAUUACGUAAUAACGAUGCUUCGUAUUUGCAAACUGUAAUGAUGUGGCAUUUUGGAAAUGAAAAUGCCAUAAAAGAGUUCAAAAGCUCGUUUCCUUUGCGUUCGAUUUUCAUCGAUACGUUGAAAGAUAUUAUUUUUUACCGGCAUGAUCGUUUAAUAUCGAAAUGCGUGUUUAAAGAUGAUUUCAAGCCUAGCGAUUUCGAUGUUAUUGAGAGGCUUUUAAAUUGGUAUUUCGACGAAUCGCCGACCGAAGUGAAGGCUUACAAGAGGAAGAUAAUUUAUUCUUAUGGUCAGAUAGAAGUAUUCUGUACUUUACUGAAAGGAAACAGUGGCCAUUCGAGGUUGAAAUCGAUGUUAGAUUGGUUUUUUAAAGACGACACCGAAUAUAGAGCUACAUUCAAAAGUCGUGGUAGUAGACUUGCUGCUUUGUUGUAGACUGUUUGAUGUGUUGUUUUAAAUUGAAUAGAUUUUGUGUUCUUGGUCACCGAACUGUCGACUAAACUUUAAGUAUCUACCUAUAGUAUUCGUUUUUUUUUUUCGUCGCGAAUUGGCUUACCUAUCUAUACAAAUAUGAAGUAGGUUCUGACUUCUGUUUUAUCAUUCAAGUUGUUAACUCGUUUGUUUGUGUUUUUUAUAUUAGAAUAUCGUUAUCGUGUUAAUGAACAAUUUUUUUUUCAAUUUUUAAUAAAAUUACUACAAAAAAUAGAUUUAUUAUCAAAUAU